UGUUUGUCUCUGGACUUUCCACUGUGUCGAAACCUCAGAUCUUUAUAAGCCUGAGUGAGCAGGCAGGCGGGUCAGAACCAGUCAGAACCGGUCAGAACAUGAGAGCUGUCGGGGCUGUCGUCGUGUUGGCUGUGUUGUGUGUGUGUGAUGCUGUUCGGUUCGGGCAGCUCUGCAGUGGAAACCCUGCGAACAACAGGCGAACAUCGGACAGCUGGGGUCAAGGUCACUAUGGAGCCAGACGGGGAACCAGGGUCCAUGCAGGUCUGGACAUCGUGUGCAGCGACGGGGCGGCAGUCUACGCUCCGUGUGACGUCACCCUCGGAGGACGACUCACCGUCUACACCGACGCCAGUAAGGCCGCCAUCAACAGCGGCAUCAACCUGCGAGCAGAAGGUCUGUGCUUCAAGUUGUUCUACGUGAAUCCAGACCGGACGUCCGGCUCGGUGAGGAAGGGUGAGCGGAUCGGAACCAUGAUGCCCAUGCAGAGCGUUUAUCCGGGAAUCACGUCACACGUCCAUGUCCAGUUGUGUGACAAGAGCGACCCCACCCAGUACUUCUGAGUGUCACGUGUCCUCGUGGGCGGGGCCAGUGGGCGAGCCAAUGGACUCGUGGAGAAUCAAUAAAAACAUAAAAACAA